GUCCUCUUCACCCGCAACCUUCACUUCAUGUUCUCUCGGUCUAUCAGGGCUACUCGUCUUAUAUCUACACGGAGACUCAUCAGUGGCCAUGCACGGUUCUAUGCACGACCAGUAAAUACCCCAAAUCAACAGUCGUCUUCCACCGAACCCUCCCAGUCGAAGUCCAAUGAGCCCACAGAGGAUAAGUCUCAUAAAGGGGAGUCAUCUGUAUCCGCAGAGCAGGCCGAAAACCAGGGAGAGAAUGAUAUAAAGCCUCAGAAAGGUGAAAAGACUGAGAAGGAAUCUCUUCCUCGAACUCUUGAAGGUUUUUUCCAGCGUGUACAGCAGCAGGCAAAUCGUAUAGAACAGGAGGGCCGUCGUCUGGAACAGGAUGAGAGUAAGAAGGAGCAAUCCGACAAAGGAUCCGGAGACCAUAAAUCUUCCAAGAAACCACCACCACCACCCCCCAACGGGGGCAACGGUUUCAAUACUGCCAUAAAUUGGAUAACAGGUCUCGCUAUCACUCAUUUCAUUUUCUCCAAUACUUCCGCAUCAAAUUCAAAAGAAAUCACAUGGCAAGAGUUUCGCACCGCUUUCCUCGACAAAGGCUUGGUUGACAAGCUGACGGUCAUCAAUGGAAAUAAAGUCCGAGUCGCACUACAUUCUAAUGCUACUGGAACCAUGUACCCGACUGCCAAUGUCGGACAUGGUGACUAUUACUUCUCUAUCGGUAGUGUGGAAGCUUUUGAACGCAAGCUUGACGAGGCCCAGAAGGAGCUCGGCAUUCCUAGCCACGAGCGGAUACCAGUCGCAUACACGGACGAGGUCUCCGCGUUCCGAGUCCUUCUCGAAUUCGCACCUACGGUAGCCGUGAUCGGAUUCUUGUAUUGGUUGUCACGGAGAGGUAGUGGCGGUGGCAGUGGACUAUUCAAUAUAGGAAAAAGUCGUGCGAAGCUGUUUGACAAGGAAACGCAAGUGAAGGUCCAAUUCAAGGACGUUGCUGGGAUGGAUGAGGCCAAAGAAGAGAUUAUGGAAUUCGUUCAGUUCUUGAAGGAGCCCCACAAAUACGAGAAGUUGGGAGCUAAAAUCCCCCGGGGGGCUAUUCUGUCCGGUCCUCCAGGAACAGGAAAGACACUAUUGGCAAAGGCAACAGCAGGUGAAGCAUCGGUUCCCUUUUUAUCCGUAUCUGGAUCGGAGUUCGUCGAGAUGUUCGUCGGUGUUGGUUCAUCUCGGGUUCGCGACCUGUUCGCUUCAGCACGGAAGCACGCACCCUGCAUUAUCUUUGUCGAUGAAAUCGAUGCUAUCGGAAAGACGCGGGAGAAAGGACGAAGCUUUGGUGGCAAUGAUGAACGGGAGUCUACUCUCAAUCAGCUUUUGGUGGAGAUGGACGGAUUUGGCACGCAUGAACACAUUGUCGUUCUGGCAGGAACCAAUCGUCCCGACGUCCUGGACCCCGCCCUCAUGCGUCCUGGUCGUUUCGACAGACAUAUAGUCAUUGACCGACCCGAUGUCUCUGGACGUAAGGGUAUCUUCCGGGUUCACUUACGCCCACUCAAGUUGCACGAGUCUAUCGGGGACAUCGACUCUUUGGCACAAAAGUUGGCGGUACUCACGCCUGGUUUCUCGGGAGCGGAUAUUGCAAACGUGUGCAAUGAAGCUGCGCUUCGUGCCGCAAGACGUGGAGCCGAAUCUAUCUAUAAUAAUCAUUUCGACGACGCAAUAGAGCGUGUCAUAGUUGGUUUGGAGAAGAAGAGCCGGUUGUUGAGCCCCCAUGAGAAGAAGACUGUAGCAUACCAUGAAGCUGGUCAUGCUGUUGCAGGAUGGUUUCUGGAACAUGCCGAUCCUGUUUUGAAGGUCAGCAUCAUUCCUCGAGGUAACGGUGCGUUGGGUUAUGCGCAGUACCUGCCUCCCGACAGAUACCUUCUCUCUAGCCCACAGCUUGGUGACCAGAUAUGUGUCACCCUUGGGGGUCGUGUCUCUGAAGAGAUCUUUUUCGGAGUCGAAAACAUCACGAGCGGUGCUCAAGACGACCUACAAAAGAUCACUCGUUAUGCAUUCGAAGCUUGUGCUAACUACGGAAUGAACGAAGUGAUCGGACCUGUCAGCUAUGGCGGCGAUCGGGGAGCAAAGGAGGGAUGGAACAAGCCUUUCAGCGAGAAGACUGCGGAGACCAUCGAUAGCGAAGUAAGAAAAAUGAUCACGAGCAUGUACGACCGGACGCGGAAGUUGCUCACUGACCAUAAAGAAGAUGUGGAGAACGUUGCAAAGCUUCUUCUUGAGAAGGAAGUCCUGACAAGAGAGGAUAUGAUCAGACUCCUAGGAAAGCGACCGUUUACUGGACGCGAGGACGACAUGGACAAAUGGUUAGAUGAGAACCGAAAUAGUGGCGUUACUGCGCCCGAACCUCGUUCAGAACCGUCUCCACCACCGACUGAGGAUAAUCCUCUUCCAGGUUCUCCUGCCGUUGCAUCUAAGUCUCUGAACUGAGUAAUAACUAGAUCUCUUCGUUCAUCCCUAUAAUGCUUUUGUAUUAUUUAUAUCUAGGGUAGUCAUGUAGAUCACACUUGAGACUCUUCACUAGUGUAAGCAGCCUAAUAAACACUCCCUUGUUCAAUCUCAAC